GCUGCUUCCCCCUCCGGUCGCCCCUGGUCAAUCUGAGUACGCUGCCAUUAAUAAUAAUAUCUUUGUUUGUCGGAAAUGUAUCAGAGCUUUUAUUCACCCACUUUUCCAAUAGUAAUGUACUACUCUUGUAUCUUAUUCUUCUAUUUAAAGUCAGCUAUUGAGUAUGUCUUCACUAUGUAUAUUCACUUCAACUUUUUGCACGCUAGAGCAUUAUUAAAGAAGAUGUCAUCGUCACCUUUCAGUAUUUCUUCUUUUCUGCUGAUCACCUUCAGCUUUGCCUUAAUUUGCGAAACCGUUGAAGCACAAACAAACGGUCGCAUUUUUCCUCAAGAAGAAAAGAAUGCUCUUAAAGAAAUAGCAGACCAGUUGGGAAAAAAGGACUGGAAUUUUGAUCUUAAUCCUUGUGAUGGCAACACAAAUUGGACUACACCAAGAAUUGACGAUUAUAAGCUUCUGUAUUACAACAAUGUAACCUGCAACUGCUCUACCCCUGAUGGUUUCUGUCAUGUACAAAGCAUAAUACUCAAAGGACAAGAUCUCCCAGGUGUUCUCCCUCCCUCCCUGGUGAAGUUACCUUAUCUCAAGCACAUUGAUCUCUCUCGCAACUAUUUGAGUGGUACUAUUCCCCCUGAAUGGGCAUCUAUCAAACUGGAAUUUAUGUCUUUUAUGUUGAAUCGACUCUCUGGGCCAAUUCCAAAAUACUUGGGAAACAUGACUACACUACUUUAUAUGAGUUUGGAAAGUAACAUGUUUAAUGGAACUGUUCCAAAAGAACUAGGAAGCAUGGUUAAUCUGCAGAAUCUCUAUCUUGGUUUUAAUAAUCUCAUAGGUAAGUUGCCGGUGGAACUCAAUAAACUCACAAAUUUGAUACAACUUAGGUUGAGUGGUAACAACUUCACCGGAAAACUUCCUAGCUUUGAGAGUUUGAAAAACCUUCAGAUAUUACAGAUUCAAGCUUCUGGUUUUGAAGGACCUGUAUCUCCAAAUAUUUCUGUCUUGACUCAAAUGAAAGAAUUAAUCAGCGACUUGACUGGAAGUGCUUCAGAAUUUCCACCGCUCGAGAACAUGACUGGCCUAACUAGAUUAGAUCUAAGCUUCAACAAGCUUGAAGGACAGAUCCCGAAUUUGGAGGGCCUGGAUAAUCUGGAGUUCUUAUUCUAUAAUGCCUAUGUUGCACUAACUCUUAUUUCUUUGUUGAGACGCAUUGGCAAACUUUUAUUUCUAUUUGAAUGUGGUUGGACAACAAAUUUCAAAACAAAUUCCAAACAACUUGGAUUUGCAAAUGGUACUGGGAAAACACUAAUUAUGUCAGAAAGCUUUAUUUACAGCUUGACAGACCUGUCGUACAACAACUUCAGUGAGAGCUCUGAGCCACCUUCUUGUCGGGAAACCCUAAACUUGUUCAGAAGCUAUAACUCAACAAAAAAGCCAGAACUUGGAAAAUGCUUGUCAAGUUGUUCAAAGAAUUGGUCUUCAGUGCACAUAAAUUGUGGUGGAGAGAGUGUGACUAUUGGGAAUACCACUUACGAAGAAGAUAAAUAUUCAGCAGGAUUCUUUUUCUGGAAAGAGAGCUGGGGAGCCAGCAAUACAGGAUAUUUCUCAGAACAUCUCAUGGAUACGAGCGAUUACAAAGUGACUAAUGUAUCUGCCAUUAAGGGAGAUGACUCUGAACUCUACACAACAGCUCGGCUCUCAGCUUCAUCUCUUACUUACUAUGGACGUUGUUUAGUAAAUGGUAACUACACCGUGAAACUGCACUUUGCAGAGAUUGUUAUACGAGAUAACCGAUCUUUCCAGAGUCUCGGAAAACGGAUGUUUGAUGUCUAUAUUCAGGGUGAGAGGAAGCUCAAAGAUUUUGAUAUUCGAACUGCAGCUGAAGGAGUUGAUAAAGCUUUGACAAGAAAGUUCAAUGUAGUUGUAGAAGACGGCAUUCUAGAAGUGCGCUUUCAGUAUGCGGGGAAAGGAAGAUCAGCUCUCUCCAGCAGAGAAAACUGUGGCCCUUUAAUUUCUGCCAUCUCUUUUGAAGCUAAUGCUGUUAAUUAUUCUUUGAGAGGCUACAUCAUGGAUCCCUCGGCUAGUCACAAAAAGAUGGUUUCCAUCAUAGCUGGAGCAGUGGCGUCCUCACUAAUUCUCAUUUUCAUAAUAUGGUUUGUUGCUUGGAGGAGAAGCGGAAAACGGACAUCAAAGGAAGAAGAAUUAAGUGGACUAGAUCUACUGACUAGUGUGUUUACCAUCAGACAAAUCAAAGCUGCCACAAAUAAUUUCGAUGCUGCAAAUAAAAUCGGGGAAGGUGGUUUUGGCUCUGUCUACAAGGGUACACUAUCGGAUGGUACUGUUAUUGCUGUUAAGCAGCUUUCAUCCAAAUCGAAACAAGGGAACCGUGAGUUUGUAAAUGAGAUAGGUAUGAUCUCUGGUUUACAGCACCCAAAUCUUGUCAAACUAUAUGGAUGUUGUGCUGACGGGAAUCAACUGCUACUGGUGUAUGAGUACUUGGAGAACAAUAGCCUCGCCCGUGCUUUAUAUGGUCCAGAAGAACAUCGGCUCAAAAUAGAUUGGCCAACCAGGCAAAAAAUCUGCAUUGGGAUAGCAAAAAGCUUAGCUUUCCUACACGAAGAAUCAUCAUUAAAAGUUGUUCAUAGGGACAUCAAAGCAACAAAUGUUCUUCUUGACAAGAAACUAAACCCAAAGAUCUCUGACUUUGGUCUGGCCAAACUUGAUGAUGAGGAGAACACACAUAUCAGCACUAGAGUUGCUGGAACCAUAGGAUAUAUGGCCCCUGAAUAUGCAUUAUGGGGCUACUUGACCUACAAAGCAGAUGUCUACAGCUUUGGAGUUGUUGCGUUAGAGAUUGCUGCUGGGAAGAACAAUAUGACAUAUCGCCCCAAUGAGAAAUUUGUCUGCCUUCUAGACUGGGCCCUUGAUCCACAAAAGCAAGGAAAAUUGAUGGAACUAGUAGAUGAAACAUUGGGUUCAGAUUUGAACAAGGAUGAGGCUCUAAGGAUGAUAAAUGUAGCUUUGCUAUGUAUCAAUCCAUCUCCAGCACUUAGGCCAGCUAUGUCUGCAGUAGUCAGUAUUCUUGAAGAUCAUAUUGAUCUUCCUGAGUUUAAUAAAGUGGAAUCAAGAAUCUGUGAUGAUGAUGAUGCUUUCAAGUUUCAAGGAUUAAGAGACAAGUACAACGAGAUGAUCCGCUUGAACCAGAAUGCUCUUAAAGAAAUAGCAGACCAGUUGGGAAAAAAAGACUGGGAUUUUGAUUUGAAUCCUUGUGAUGGCAACACAAAUUGGACUACACCAACAGUUGACAAGAAGUCUCCGUAUGUAAAUAAUGUAACCUGCAAUUGCUCUACCUCUGAUGGUUUCUGUCAUGUACAAAUCAUAUUACUCAAAGGACAAGAUCUUGCCGGAGUUCUCCCUCCCUCCCUGGUGAAGUUACCUUAUCUCAAGCAAAUUGAUAUUUCUCGCAACUAUUUGAGUGGUACUAUUCCCCCGGAAUGGGCAUCUACCAAACUGGAAUAUAUGUCUGUUAUGGUGAAUCAACUCUCUGGGCCAAUUCCAAAAUACUUGGGAAAUAUGAAUACACUACUUUAUAUGAGUCUGGAAAAUAACAUGUUUAAUGGCACUGUUCCAAAAGAACUUGGAAACAUGGUUAAUCUGCAGAGUCUCACUCUUAGUUUUAAUAAUCUCACAGGUAAGUUGCCUGUGGAAGUCAAUAAACUCACAAAAUUAACAGAACUUAGACUGAGCGGUAACGACUUCACUGGACUACUUCCUAACUUUGAGAGUUUGAAAAACCUUCAGAAACUAGAGAUUCAAGGGUCUGGUUUUGAAGGACCUGUACCUCCAAGCAUUUCUGUCUUAACUGGAAUGAACGAAUUAAGAAUCAGUGACUUGACUGGAAGUGCUUCCGAAUUUCCGCCGCUUGAGAACAUGACAGGCCUAACUAGAUUGAUGUUGAGGAACUGCAAUAUUUCUGGGAAGAUUCCCUCUUACAUCGCUAAUAUGCCUCAAUUGAAAAUUCUAGAUCUAAGCUUCAACAGGCUUGAAGGGCAGAUCCCGGAUCUGGAGCACCUGGACAAACUGGAGCUCUUGUACCUGACAAGCAAUAGACUUACUGGGCCAAUUCGAGAUUGGAUCAGCAGUAGAAAUUCCAAAUACGUCAUAGAUCUGUCUUACAACAACUUCAAUGAGAGCUCCGAGCCAGCUACUUGUCGGGAAACCCUAAACUUGUUCAAAAGCUAUAACUCAACAAAAAAAACAGAACUUGGAAAAUGUUUGUCAAGUAAUCCUUGUUCAAAGAAUUGGUAUUCGGUGCACAUAAAUUGUGGUGGAAAGAGUGUGACGAUAGGGGACACCACUUAUGAAGCAGAUGAAGACUCAGCAGGUCCCGCAAAAUUCUUUUACUGGAAAGAGAACUGGGGAGCCAGCAAUACGGGUGACUUCUGGAAUCGUCCCGUAGGAAUGAGCAAUUACAAAGUGACUAAUGUGUCUGCCAUUAAGGGAAAUGACUCUGAAGUCUACACAACAGCUCGGCUCUCAGCGUUGUCUCUUACUUACUAUGGACGUUGUUUAGCAGAUGGAAACUACACUGUGACACUGCACUUCGCAGAGAUUGUUAUAAGAGAUAACCGAUCUUUCCAGAGCCUCGGGAAACGGAUGUUUGAUGUCUAUAUUCAGGGUGAGAGGAAGCUUAAAGAUUUUGAUAUUAAAACUGCUGCUGAAGGAGUUGAUAAGCCUUUGCGUAGAAAGUUCAAUGCAGUUGUAGAAGAUGGCAUUCUAGAAGUGCGCUUUCAGUAUGCUGGGAAAGGAACAACAGCUGUCCCCAGCAGAGGAAGCUAUGGCCCUUUAAUUUCUGCCAUCUCUUUUGAAGCUAAUUUCAAGCCCUCUUCAAAUCACAAAAAGUUGGUUCACAUCAUUGCUGGAGCAGUGGCCUGCUCGUUAAUUCUCAUUUUUACAAUACUAUUUGUUGCUUGGAGGAGAAGCAGAAACAGGAUAUCAAAGGAAGAAGAAUUAAGAGGACUAGAUCUACUCACUGGUGUCUUUACCAUCAGACAAAUCAAAGCAGCCACAAACAACUUUGAUGCUACAAAUAAAAUUGGGGAAGGUGGUUUUGGCUCUGUCUACAAGGGUACACUACUAGAUGGUACAGUUAUUGCUGUUAAGCAGCUUUCAUCCAAAUCAAAACAAGGGAACCGCGAGUUUGUAAAUGAGAUAGGUAUGAUCUCUGUUUUACAACACCCAAAUCUUGUCAGACUAUAUGGAUGUUGUGCUGAAGGAAAUCAACUGCUACUGGUGUAUGAGUACUUGGAGAACAAUAGCCUCGCCCGUGCUUUAUUUGGUCCAGAAGAACAUCGGCUCAAAAUAGACUGGCCAACAAGGCAAAAAAUCUGCAUUGGGAUAGCAAAAGGCUUAGCUUUCCUACAUGAAGAAUCGUCAAUAAAAAUUGUUCAUAGGGACAUCAAAGCAACAAAUGUACUACUUGACAAGAAACUAAACCCAAAGAUCUCUGACUUUGGUCUGGCCAAACUUGAUGAUGAGGAUAAAACACAUAUCAGCACUAGAGUUGCUGGAACCAUAGGGUAUAUGGCACCUGAAUAUGCACUAUGGGGCUACUUAACCUACAAAGCAGAUGUUUACAGCUUUGGAGUUGUUGCGUUAGAGCUUGUUGCUGGGAAGAAUAAUAUGACAUAUCGCCCCAAUGAGAAAUUUGUCUGCCUUCUAGAUUGGGCCCUUGUUCUACAAAGGCAAGGAAAAUUGAUGGAACUAGUAGAUGAAACAUUGGGUUCAGAUUUCAAGAAGGACGAGGCUCUAAGGAUGAUAAACGUAGCUCUGCUAUGUACCAAUCCAUCUCCAGCACUUAGGCCAACCAUGUCUGCAGUAGUCAGCAUUCUUGAAGAUCAUAUUGACCUUCCUGAGUUUAACUUGGAAUCGAGAUUCUAUGAUGAUGAUGAUCAUCUCAAGUUUCAAGGGUUAAGAGACAAGUAUGACGAGAUGCUCAGCUUGAGCCAAAGUCAAACACUUACUCAUUCAUCCAAUAUUACUGGACGAGAUUGCUCUUCCACUACCUCUCAAUCGACUUAAAUUCGCAGUCACAUCAAUAUUGUGAAAGAAAGUGUAACAGAUUAUUUUAGGACU